AUGUCAGACAAAAAGCCAAACAGCAAUCCCUUUGAGGAUCUGGAUCGACAUCACGCCGAGCAGGAGAUGGAAAAUGACGGUCUUCCGCCUUACUCACGAGUUGGGCCCAGCUCUGCGUCUGAAGAUCCAGCAGUCAACUUGAACGACUCUAAAGACUCUAAGAAGCAUCAACCAGAAAUCUAUGAUGCCCCGGAAGUAGUCCCACAGGUCGAUCGGGAAACGCUACCUGAAGUCGUACCCGUCGAAGAGAACCUGCCCGAGGUUCGUAGCCCGGAAAACUCAUACUAUUACAACCAAAACCAAGCAUUCGCUCCUUCUGCGAAUGGGCCAGGGUACCCUCCAGCAGACGGGAAAGGAUAUUCCCCAGCCAACGGGCCUGGAUACACCCCAUCAGAGGGGAAAGGCAAUCCUCCAGUGAGCGGGCCAGGAUAUCCCCCAGCAAACGGGCAAGGAUAUCCUCCUGCAGACGGGCAAGGAUAUCCUCAAGCAGGCGGAACUGGCUAUCCUCCUGCAUUCGGACAAGGAUACCCUCCAACCAACGCGCCAGGAUAUUCGCCAACGCCAAUGCCCAAUCCCCAAGACAGAACGAUCGCCAUCCCAGCCAUCGACUCCUCACCGGGGUCCCCUCUACUUCGAGCCUACGUGCCGAUGUUAAACAAAUACAAUCUCCCCCAGGAUUCCUUCUUCAGAUUCCUCGACUCACUCAACGAGGUGAUCACAACCAACCCACCAAUGCAAGUCCUCGAUGUCACCGGUGGCAUCCUCAGGUCCGUUCCAAUCCUAUUCCCUCUGCACUGGAUCGGAUCUGCAUUCAGCGGCCUUGCAAAUCUAAGCGAGCAAAGCAAAUCAAAGAGCCGAUCGGACUCAGCCCUCAAACAAGCGAACAAGGAAAUCUUCGGGCCCCGCGGCCUAAAAGCCGAGCUCGCGAACCUCGACGCACUCGCUUACAUUGCCAAAAUCCCUAUUCUUGACUCGCAGGGCAAGAUCAACAAGAACUCGACUCUUGUUCGGCAGUUGGGUGAUAUGUCUCGCGCGUAUCGAGAGCGGAGGAAUGGUAGCGACUCUAGGGAACAGGAUCAGAAACAGGCGCAUGAAUUGGACUUGCAGCAACAAAGGCUUCAUGUGCUUCAGCCGUGGAUUCAGGAUCUUCAACUUGAUAUCAAGCCGACGGCUAAGUCAAGGUUGACUCGGUUUAACUCUGCGCUGAAGAAGUAUAAUGAUCCUAGAAGGCAGGAUCCCAAUUAUAGGUCGGAGAAUGGUGACGAGCAGGACCGAUUCAGGAAAUGUCUUUGGUUGGUGAUUCGGGAGGUGGAUGGUAAUGGGGGACAGUCGCAAGCUGGGCCAUCGAGGUGA